AUGUAUUCCCGACUUAUUAUUGUGGCCGUCGCCGCGCUGGCGUCUACCUCGAGCGCGCUGGCCAUUCGCAACAAGCACGUCGGUGACUUUCGUCUCUUCUCGGACGAGGGCUGCUCUGCCGGCAAUCUGGGCGUGUGGACUGUCAUUGACGAUGACGUCAGGGAUCAUCCCUGCCAGAGGAUACCCGACGGCGAGGGUGUUCGUUCCGUCUUUGUGGCUGACGUGAAUAGCGAGUGCAGAUUCUCCCUCUACGAGGAUGCGGAUUGCCAGGCUGGCGAGCAAAAUACCACCCAGGGCAACUGCUACAAUAGCGCUGCGGGCUGGAAGGCGUGGAAGAUGACCUGCUAG